AUGCUUCACUCUCUGGUUGCCUUCGUUCUGCUUGCGAGCAGCGGCUUCGCCUCACCUGUGGAGAUGGACGGACGGCAGACAGCAUGCCAGUCUGUGCAUGUCUUCGUUGCCCGUGGCUCCGAUGAGCCGUACCCGGGCCGCCAGGGCGCCCUCGCCACUGCCAUCUGCGACGACAUAUCCAGCUGCGGCUAUGAAGAUAUCCAAUACCCGGCGACCUUUGACGACUAUUGCACAUCGUCCCAGACCGGUGUCACCAAUGGCAAAAGUGCCAUCACGGCCUACGCUGCCCAAUGCCCCGACGCCAAGAUUGUGCUAACGGGAUACUCCCAGGGGGCUCAAGUCAUUGGCGACAUCCUCGGUGGUGGAGGAGGCAGCCUCGGAACUUGUACGCAACCAGCGUCGACCGGGUUGAGUCGCACUACGUCGCCCGGCAACAAGAUUGCCGCCGCUCUUCUCUUUGGCGACGUCCGCCAUGUCGCCAGCCAAGCUUACAACACUGGCACAGGUGCCAGCAAAAAUGGGAUCUACCCUCGCUCAACGACUCAGAUUUCCGGUCUCAAUGCCUAUUCGUCAGUGCUCCGCUCGUGGUGUCUCUCUGGCGACCCCGUGUGCGCCCAGGGCACUGACUUCAAUGCCCACACCACCUACUUUGACGUUUUCACGAGCGAGGCUGCUGCUUGGGCCAAGACCAAGUUGUGA